AUGAUACAGGUAAAACAGCUGGGCUACUUCUAUGACCUAAUAAUACUGAUAAGAGAUUAUCAACAGGCUCUAUUUCUGGUAUCCUGCCUGGUGGCUUUCGGCAUAGCUAGCUAUGACCAUGCAGAUGAUUGGCAUUCGGUUGGCAAGUAUAAGUUCGAAUAUGCUGUGAAGGAUCCGCGCACUGGAGAUCAUAAGAGCCAGUGGGAAAUCAGUAACGGCGAUGGACUGAAGGGCGGCUAUACUGUGGACGAACCGGACGGCACCAAACGACUGGUUCAGUACAAAGCUGACAAAUGGCAUGGCUUUCAGGCAAUUGUGAAACGGAUCGGCCAGGCCGUUCACCCACAGAACUACGGUUCACCGUUCGUGGUGCGCCACCAGGACCAGCAUCAGCCGCAGGAGGAGUAUAAAAUUCGAAACACUGGCCAUUCGCCUGUUGUGGGCAAUAAUUUCUGGAAGCAAUCUAACCAGUACCAGCUUCAGCAGUUGCCGCAGAACGGUUGGGUUGAUCAACAGGCCGCCUACAGCGGCAAUGGAUGGAAAACUGGGGGUGGGUUGCCUGCCACCAGCUAUGCGAAUCAAAAUAUCUACCACUACCAUUGA